ACCUCUCCUUUCCUCACCAUGUCGCUCGCGUUCCUCUCCUCGCCGCUCUCGCUAGCCGGCCCCGCGCUCGUCGCAACCCCCAAGGUGUCGCCGCGCAUGGCCGUCGCGAUGCGCAAGAAGUCCGCCAAGAAGGACCCGCUCGCCGACGAGUUUGCGUUCGGCCUGCCCGGCGGCGACAACAUCCUCGGCAACUUCGAUCCCGCCGGCUUCCUCGAGGGCAAGAGCAAGGGCGAGGUCUACCGGCUGCGUGAGGCGGAGCUGGCGCACGGCCGCGUCGGCAUGCUCGCGGCGACCGGCUUCCUCGUGCAGGAGCGCUUCCACCCGCUCUUCUCCGGCGACGGCGGCCCGGCCAUUGACCAGAUCCCCCAGCUGCCCUUCUGGCUGUGGAUCGUCAUGACCAUCGGCAUCGGCAACGCAGAGCUCUACCGCAUCCGCGUGGGGUGGGCCAAGGUGGACCCCAAGACGGGCAAGGCGCCGUCCGCCCUCCGCCCAGACUACUACCCUGGCUACCUCAACUUUGACCCCCUCAACCUCGCGCCGGGCAACGAGAAGGACCUGCGCCUCAUGCAGGAGCGCGAGCUGUCGCACGGCCGCCUCGGCAUGAUCGCCGCUGCCGGCUUCCUGGCGCAGGAGGCGGUCACGGGCCAGACGUGGGGCGCGUACUGGGGCGACGCCUCCUUCUGAGCUGCCCCCGGCAGCGUGGCUCCUCCCUCUCCCCGUGAUACGUGUGCUGGACCGUUUACGUCGCUCUCCGGCUCUCUCUCUUCUCACUGUGUUGUCGCUCACUUCUUUGCUCGCUACUCGCGCGUUACUCACCCGGGCGGUGGCCCGGAGAGUCUCGAAUAUGGUUUUGUUUUUGGUUGUUAUGUGCACAAGCACUUUCGCU